GGGUAGCGGGCGGCUCAGUGCGGGGCGCAGUGCGCAGCCCGCUCGGCGGGGCGGGAAGGGGAGAAGGGGUUGGAGGGGAGUGACUUCGAAGCGGCCCCAUGUUUUCCCCCAGCCAAGAGGAGCACUGCGCGCCCAACAAGGAGCCCGUCAAGUACGGGGAGCUGGUGGUGCUGGGGUAUAAUGGCUCCCUUCCUAAUGGUGACAGAGGACGCAGGAAAAGCAGAUUUGCCCUCUAUAAGCGACCUAAGGCAAAUGGAGUUAAGCCCAGCAGCGUUCAUGUGAUUUCUACUCCUCAAGCAUCCAAGAAGAGAUGUCAUCAAUUCAGGACUACAGAAGCCAGCUCUGAAGCAGUCGUACCAGAAAGCAAAGCAACGAUGUGCAGGCAGGAAUUUGCCCAAAGGAGCACUCUGGAGUUUGGGGCGAUCAGCAGUAAAGGUCAGCACAGCAUCUCUUACACAUUAUCCAGAAACCAGACUGUUGUAGUGGAAUAUACUCACGAUAAAGAUACAGACAUGUUUCAGGUUGGGAGAUCAACAGAAAGCCCCAUAGACUUUGUAGUAACAGAUACUAUUUCUGGAAGUCAAAAUAAUGAUGAAACCCAGAUUACGCAAAGCACCAUAUCCCGUUUUGCAUGCAGGAUUGUUUGUGACAGAAGCCCACCGUAUACAGCAAGGAUUUUUGCAGCUGGAUUUGACUCUUCUAAAAAUAUAUUUCUUGGUGAAAAAGCAGCGAAAUGGAAAAAUCCUGAUGGCCACAUGGAUGGAUUGACAACUAAUGGGGUGCUGGUCAUGCAUCCAAAAGGAGGGUUCACUGAGGAGUCCAAACCUGGAGUUUGGCGGGAGAUCUCGGUCUGUGGUGAAGUGUACACUCUCCGGGAAACCAGAUCUGCACAGCAAAGGGGGAAACUGGUGGAAAAUGAGACCAACGUUCUACAAGAUGGCUCUCUCAUUGACCUGUGUGGAGCCACCCUUUUGUGGAGAACAGCAGAUGGAUUGUUUCACGCUCCGACUCAGAAACACAUCGAAGCUCUGCGACAGGAGAUAAAUGCCGCCAGACCACAGUGUCCUGUUGGGUUAAACACUUUAGCAUUUCCCAGCAUCAACCGUAAAGAUGUGGUAGAAGAGAAGCAGCCUUGGGCGUACCUCAGCUGCGGUCACGUUCAUGGCUAUCACAACUGGGGACAUCGCAGUGACACAGAAGCCAACGAGCGGGAAUGUCCUAUGUGCAGAACCGUUGGCCCCUAUGUGCCUCUCUGGCUUGGUUGUGAAGCAGGCUUUUAUGUGGAUGCUGGCCCUCCAACUCAUGCUUUUACCCCUUGUGGACAUGUGUGCUCUGAGAAAUCUGCAAAAUACUGGUCUCAAAUCCCACUGCCUCAUGGUACUCAUGCAUUUCAUGCCGCCUGCCCUUUCUGUGCAACACAACUGUCUGGGGAACACAACUGCGUCAAGCUGAUUUUUCAGGGCCCCAUUGACUGAUAUCACUUUGCAAUGACCACAAUAAAGUUUUCUUUAACAACUUACUGUGAAGAUUUUGCCACUAACUCUAGAUUUUACCAUUUUUUUUAAUAAUGCUAUUAAUAGGGUGGUAGGGUGGGGAUGGGGAACCGACAACAUUGUGAGGGGCUGUGGUGGAAUUGGGAUACAUUGAUACCUGGAACUUGACAGAUAUCAGUGGUGUUGCAUGCUCAGAAGCAGCAUAUUCAUGAAGUCUUCUUGGUCGAAUUGUAGUAUAUUUGUAAGCUUUUUAUUAGUACCCUGGAACAGAAAAAGGUGUCUUAAUGAUUUUUUUAAGCUAAGAUUUUUUAAUGGAAAGGUUUUUUCUUCUAAACUUUGACAAGCCUUUAAAACCUAUUUUUCAAAUCUAGAAGGAUCAUACAGAAUGUAACUGUCUUUAAUUUGCAAUAUAAUUUAACAUAAAUAGUUUCUCGAGGAGAUAAUACAGAAUGCGUGGACAACCGUAGGUGAAUGUUCACUAGAGGUAAUUGGAGAUGUAAGAGAAAAAUUAGCUGCCUAAAUUGUAGAGUAUAAAAGCUAUUAAAAGAUCUCUUUGGGCAUAACACAGCUGGCUGAAAAGGCAUCAAGGAUUACUUGAAACUGAGGAAAUCCUGUUUGCAUUGAUUUCCUUUCAGCGUAAUGGAUACCCACUGUUCAUUAUUUAUGGUAUAUGGCUGAGUUUUAUUCUUUCUUUUUUUUUUUUCCCCUCCCAUUUAACCUGCAUCUAGUGAAACUCCUUUACUUUUUUCCAUACUUAGUUCUGGGUUUUAAGCCAAUGUUCUCUGUGUGUGUGUGUGUGUGUAGUCUGGCCUCUUUAUUUCUGCUUUACUUAGCUUGCCCUAAUGCUCCUUGCAUGCCCAGAACCAUUGGGUUAAUUGAGAUGUAGCGAGCCUUUAAAAACUGCAUUAAUGAAGGGGUGGUGCCACAACAAGACAGAAGAUGUACGUACAGCUUACACAGAACUUAUUUACACAGACUUGAAUUCAGGAAAGCACUUAGUUUGUGUUUAAAUAUAAGCCCACGAAUGGGACUGUUUAGAUCUUCAAGUGCUUCAAUGGAUUGUGGUUAUAUGCUGUUUUGUUUUGAAAUAAAAAAAAUAGCAAUUAAAAAUAAGUUAUUAUUUUAAGCUCACUUACUAGCCAAAAUGCUGUAAGGAGAGCAUCGUUUCUAGUUCAACUGAGUAUUUGUGUUCAGUUUUCAAGUUGCUGCCAUCUGUCACCUUUUUCUUUGCAGAUUGAGAUGUGUUUGUAUCCACUUUUUCUUUCCCCUAAUGUUUGCAAAUCAAACAGCAUUCAAAUGUAAUCAAAUAUAUGCAUUAGGGUGGUACAUCUGAAGUGCAUCACUUGAAAUUCCUGACUUUUUUAAGAGCGCUGAUAAAUGUUUACUAUGGAAAUAAUUAAAUCAGAAUUUCAUAUGAGAUGUACCCUGCCCACUGUUAGUUUCAUUUCACACCAAAUGAGAACUCUUUGAUUUAUGGGGUUUUUUUUUUCCUUUCACUUUUCUUGAUAUCCGAGGUAUCAAUCUAUCCAGGUUUAAGGAAAAAAAAAAGAAUUUGGGAGAAAAUAAUAACAUCUCUACAUGAAAUCAAUCAAGCUCAGUUCUGUUUAAUCAACUAUAGCUUUUUGCUAUAUUUAUGCCCUUUGUAUAAAUAUAUAAUUUAUAUGAUUUUAAUAUAUUCUGUGUAUAUAUAUACUUGAAUUGGCCUGUUCAUAUUUUGGUUGUAAACUUGUUUUAUAUUUAACCUUAUAAACAUUUUACAUGUCUCUUGCCAACGGUGAUGGGACGUACUUUGUCUGCUGCUGUUUUUAAUAUAAUUUUGCUGUAUAAUUGUUCAGCAUUUUAAUAAUUUGAACAUAGCUUUACUUUUCUUUUUACGCUUUUAGUGUUAAAAACAACAAAUGGGGUGGAGGGUUUUCAGCGUUUUCUCUAAAAAUCCCGAAACGUACAGUUUUUGUCCCACUCAGUGAUUGGAAAUCUGAUGAUUCUUGUUAACCUAAAACUAUAAUGCUUCUUCUUAGUGCCUUUGCAAUGAAAUCCUCUUGUGAUUCUGUAUUCUGAGUCUUUACUCCCACGAGACGACCUUGUGGCUCAUCUUCAUCAGGAACAGCAGCCCAACCAACCAGACUGGGAAGAAACGCCUUUGGCCUUCAGUUCUGUGCUGUGGUUUCUGUCGUAAACACGAAGAUGCCUCUUGUUGCUGUUCAGUACCAGUUCCUCAGGUCCCGUAUGUGCACCGCAGCAUCGUUGCUAUUUAGCAUAUACCUCGUCUGCCAAAGGCGCUCUCACCUCCACCUCCUCCUUAUUGGACUCUGUGAAAUACUUCGCUUGAAUUUUCACAGGAGAUGCUGUGAAAACACACUUUGCAGAGAUGUUCCUUGCUGAAUUGAGACCACGAGCCGUGUGUUCAUGCUGGUGGCCGGAGGUUUCCAAGCUUUGUGUAUGACAGCUUCACGGUUUCUGGGAUGGCAACUGUUUUACCGAGUGGAGCUGGUCAGGAUACGUAUCUCCUCUUGAGCAUAAAGGGAUUGGAAGUGUGCAGGUUCCCAGGCAGCUCCGUUAUCGAGCUGCUUUACUUCUCUCCUUCAUUGUUGCGGUUUAAUUACUGCUUCAGGGCUUCAUAUAGCUGCAUCCUGCGCAGAGUGAAUGGACGGCGUUAGGGGAUCCUCACUGGGAAUACCGGCACACCAGCGGGUUGUGGUGGGGCUGGCGUGCAUGAAGUGGAAGAAGACAGGCUAAUGGUUUGUACCCUUUUGAGAAGACUGUUUUAUGUGAGAUUUUUGUUUCUUUCACUGUUAGCAAUUCUGUAUAAUGCAAGAAAUACUGCAGGAAGGAAAACUCUCCUCUUAUUUGGGGAAUACCAGUUUCUUUGCAUGAAUCAACGUACUUUACUAGUAACCAGUAUUCAAAUCCAGGGUGAAUCCAGCAGAGCUGGAUUUACGGGGAAGGCAGAAGAGUUUGUAGCAUUAUUUUUCUCAGACACUACUACCAUGUAUGCUGCUGUGAUCAAAUGAUGGACCAUUUGGCUGCUUUAUCCCUUUUUUCAGAGAAUCAUGGAAUGGUUUGGAUUGGGAGGGACCUUAAAGCCUGUCUGGUUCCAGCCCCCUGCCAUGGGCAGGGACACCUCCCACUGGAUCAGGUUGCUCCAAACCCCAUCCAACCUGGACUUGAACCCCUCCAGGGAUGGGGCAGCCACCACUGCUCUGGGCAGCUUGUUCCAGGGCCUCACCACCCUCACUGCAAAAUAUUUCUUCCUAAGAUCCCAUCUCAAUCUCCCCUCUUCCAGCUUAAAAUUGUUCCCUCUCAUCCUAUCCCUGCACUCCCUGAUCAAGAGCCCCUCCCCAGCUUUCCUGGAGCCCCUUUCAGUACUGGAAGCUGCUCUAAGGUGUCCUUGGAGCCUUCUCUUCUCCAGGCUGAACAACCUGAACUCUCUCAGUCUGUCCUCGGAUGGGAGGUGCUCCAUUAGGUUUUUCAGGCUGCCUUCCCUCAUCUCAGGAAACACACACUUUCCCUUCUCUGGUAACUUGGUAGGAGAAAGCAGUUCCUGGAUAGAUAAGAUUGGUUCUGUUUGGAGUGAGUAGGCUUGAGAACCACUCUCCAAGUUUGCUUUGCAAGUUCAUUUCGUGAUUUCAGUAUUACGAUAUUUUUUACAUACCAUUUCAAGUGCUGGUGAUGUAUUCUGUAAGGAUUUUUUUUUCAUCUAUUGCUGUUGAUUCAAUUUGAAUGCUUCAAAACCAGCUUUGACUGCAUAACUUAGAGCUAAAAGUAUUUUUCUAGUCUGGUCUUUAAAAAGUCUGUCAUAUCCAUGCAUGCUGGAGCUGUAACAUUUUCCUUUUUCCUGGCAGCUUCUUGGUAGAGUGCUGAAGUCUGAAUAGAAGACUGAGUGGUGAGCGUUGCUCUUGUUUUGAAUCGUGGUCCAAGUUGUACAAAAGAGUUAGCACGAUACUGCAUUUUAAUCACAAAUUUCUUUCAAGCGUGGUCACUUUGUGCCUCAGUGUACAGUAACAGUCCUGUACUGGCAGAGCCAUUAAGGAAUUCUUUUCUUUGUGAGGGUGGGAAUGGGACUUAAAAGAGAUGAAAGCCAUUGUCUGGUUUGUUCCAGGAGGGACAGACCCACGUUGAAGCCAAGGCGUGCUAAGAACUGAUUAGAAAUGUUCCUGAAAUGUAGAUAUUCCUGCUUUCAGACCUAGUUCUUGUGUUUUAAAGGAUUCUCUUCAGUCCAUUUGGAAGCUCUGUGAUGAAAUGAAAAGGCUAUGAUCUUCCCAAAAAAAUCCCUCUGAUGUUUCAAUGGCAGUUCCUGGAAUUUGAGGGUUCUGCUUCAGCCCCUGACUGGGGAGCAGAGCUGCUGAGUCAAUCAGAGAGAGAAACUGAAGUAUUCUCAGGGUAGAAUCAUAGAAUGGUUUGGGUUGGAAGGGACCAUAAAGCCCAUCCAGUUCCACCCCCUGCCAUGGGCAGGGACACCUCCCACUGGAUCAGGUUGCUCCAAGCACCACCCAGCCUGGCCUUGAACCCCUCCAGGGAUGGGGCAGCCACCACUGCUCUGGGCAACCUGGGCCAGGGCCUCACCACCCUCACAGCAAAACAUUUCUUCCCAAGAUCUCAUCUCAAUCCCCUCUUUCGGCUUAAAAUCGUUCCCCUCAUUCUCUCUGUGCGCUGUGUGAUCCAGAGCCCCUCCCCAGCUUUCCUGGAGCCCCUUUCAGUGCUGGAAGCUGCUCUAAGGUCUCCUUGGAGCCCUCUCUUCUCCAGGCUGAACAACUCCAACUCUCUCAGCCUGUCCUCGGAUGGGAGGUGCUCUUUGUGCCCUCCUCUGAACACACUCAGACAGAUCCACCUCCUUCCUGUGCUGAGAAAUAGAAUAUACUUUUUAACUCCUUCACAGCACCCAAAAUCAACUCUUGGUGUGGACUAUGGUAAUUCUCCCUUUGGUGCAAUUGCAGUGGCUUUUCACUUCACUCACCAUUUCUUCAUUGUGCUGGAAGUGGAAACUUCUCCUAGGUGAUCGUGUUCCUCCAGUGCACAGUCUUGACAAUUUUCUGGAGUGGGAGAACCUAUUGGGAGCGAUCUGGCUUUCCUGAGGACUGAUAGAAGCAUUGAAAUGCGUUUAGAGCGCGGUAGGAAAACCGACCUGCCUUGACUGCUGCUCUUGCUUUAAAGCUGAGCUGCAGCUGUGCUUUUGGUAUGAGCUGUGCUCGUCUGUUCCUCGUACAGGAAUGCUCUGUCACGGGUGGUUAAGUCUUGUUUUCCCCGAGAGUGUUGUUAACACGCUGCAUUGGAUGCACGGUGGAAUCGACAGAGCUGUUGAUCGGAACGGGGAGGAACAGCAGUCUGUUAGGCGCUUGAGCUGAAUCGGUGUGGACAGCCCAGCUAUGCUGCGGUUUUCUAGCCAAGGAGCCCUCCUCCUCGUUUGCUCGGUUUUCAGCCUCUUGUGUGUUCUUGGCUCCUUUCAUUUUCUGUUUAUCCAUAUAGUUUCAGGUAAACAAGUAAAUACAGCUUGGAAAGAGAAGAAUUAAAAAGAUACCUUCAGGCUUGCUUCUCUCUCCAAGGAAAAUACGAAUUUUCUCGUGGAAUUUUCUCAUUGUUCUGAUUUUUUUUAUAAGCGCUCUUCACUAAUAGUCACACUUGGUAUUGUGAAUUAAAAGGAAAAACUUAGAAGGUAAGGUGUAUUUUUGGGGGGAUGGGGGUGGAGAGGAGGGAGUAGCUUCUAGGGUGAAGAAGCCUCAGUAGUUUUGAGCCUGUGCCAACCAUGUCCCGUUGACUGCAGGAGACACUUUGGUCUUUGAAGAACCACGGAGUCGGUCCCGGCAGGUAAUAAUGAUAGAGCUUUACUUUCUGUGUCGAUCAGAGUUUUCAUUUAUUGGCAGCAGAACAGAAACGUAAGUUGCUUGGACGACCAAACUAUAGACUAACCUGGUGGCUGUGAAGAUUUCCUAUUAACAGGGUGUAUUUAUACUUCCCUGGU